AUGGAAGACGCCGUCGCUGAUGAAAGAGACGAGGAGAAGGAUGAGAGUGAGGCCAAUGAUGACGACAAUGUUGCUGAGCUUACCGCAGCGUCUGCGGCGUUCAUUGAGGCUACCACGGCCGCUGAUGCACCUGCUGCUCCAGCACGCAUACAGCUAGGGUAG